AUGGCUGGUGGUAACCCCAAGCAUUUCAAUCUCCAAGAUGACCCUUUCGAGUUGUUCCUGCUCGGAGAGGGCGAGAAGAAGAUAGAAGAAAAGGUCUUCUCAGGAAUGUCCAAUACCUCCGAUUUUGUCCUCAUGAAAGAAGACCACACUCUGGGUAACCUUCUCUCCGAGCACCUCAAGAUGCACCCCAAUGUCUACAUGGCUGGGUAUAAAAUUGCUCAUCCCAAUGUUCCUGAGCUUUUUAUUCGAGUCCAGACAGAUGGUACCAUCACUCCCCGCGAUGUCUUUACUUCUGUCUGUGAGAAGCUCAUUAAACAACUCGAGAUGCUGCAUCAGGAGUUCACGCGAGAAUGGGAAUUGAGACGCAUCACCAACACUGGUGAGCAGGGAAACAUGCAGAACGGCCACUGA